UGUUACUGAUUCAGAUUUUGGCUCAAACUUUUCAACAUUAAUGUUGUUGGUUUUUGUGUGUUUGUGCUCAUUAAAAUGUUUCUGUUUUAUCUGCAGGAACUCGCAGAUCUGAAGAGGGAAAAUUUCUCUCUCAAGCUCCGAAUUCAUGAGCUGGAGAAACACCAGCAGCAGACGUCUGCAGACUCCACUGAGGACGUUUUCCAAACGGGGGUUGAUCAGGAGCUCCAUACCCUUUUGCGGGAAAAGGAAAUGGAGCUGGUCCAGAUUCGGGACCAACAUCUGUCCAAGGUCCUGGAGGUCCAAAGGCUCCAGCUUGACCUUAAAAAAAAGGAGCAGCAACUGACUGACCUGAUGGAGAAAAAUGAGCAGCUGGAGAAGGAACUGGAGGACCUUCAACAGCAGAGAAGAAAAGACUGUGAAGCUGUAAAGGAGUUCACAGUUCAAAUGAGGACGCUGCAGGACAGGACAAAGGAUGUGGAGGUAAACUGACAUCGAGCAUCACAUUCACACAGCUUCUGCUCUGAUUCGUGUUGUAUGUUGUGUUUUUUGAGAUUCUGACACAUUAUCAACAUGCACACGUGCAAAUACUUUAUCCUUAGAUUUUACUUUGUCAAUGAAGUUUGUCUUCUGUUGUCCUCUCUCUCUGUAGAAGACAACUGCAGUUCUACUCAGACAGCUGCAG